AUGUUUCUUCAUAUUGCAACUACAGAAGGUGAUAGACCAGAACCAAGUCAAGAUUUUCUUAUUCAAAAACUUGAAAGUGGUUCCAGUCGUUUAUGGCAUGAAAUUCAACAAAAAAUGAAAACAUUUAUUCUCGAAAAUAAUAUGACACAUUUUAAAUUCGAAGCAUUUAUACAAGUACUUAAAGUUAUUAAUCGACUUCUGGAAAUAGGUGAACAAUUUUGUCAAAGUGAUUCUAAUAUACUUCAAGAAGCUAUGCGUCGGCAAAGUGUAGUUUAUUUUCGUUCAUAUCAUAAUGGUCGUUUAGAUGAAUUAAAAAUGUUUCUCGAAAAUGAAACUUGGCAACGAUGCCCCGUUAAAUCAACUUUUCAUAUAACUCAAUUACAUGAAUUUCGAUUUCUACGUGAAGCACCAUCAUUUUCAUCGGAUUUAGCAACUUCAACAUCAUUUAAUCAGAAGUCUGAUCUUGAUUUAUUUGAUCGAUAUUUAUAUACUGAACGUGAACAUCCAUUUGAUCUUGAUCAAACACAAACAACAAUGUCAUCUUCACCAUCACAAUAUAGUGAUACGAAUUCUUUAGAUGUUGAUGAUGGAAAUAUUGUCAAUGGAAAUUCUUAUAAUGAAAGAAAAAUUCGAUCGAAUUCAAAUUCAUCAACUGAUUCAGAUAUUGAAAAUAACGAUCAUGAACGAAAAAGAUCUUUGACUCAUCGUAAUCAUUCUGUAUAUCUUGAUGAAAAAAAUGGCUUAACUAUUGUUACAAAUACAACUUUAAAUGUAACCAGAUUAUUUGGACGAUAUAUGGAAAUGAUCGAAAUGCUUAAACCUAUUGCAUUUGAUGUUAUCAUUUGUAUGACACAACUUUUUGACUAUUAUCUUUAUACAGUUUAUACUUUAUUUGCUUGUGAUAUGAAUGAAAUUCCAGUUGAUGCCUUAAGUCCUCAAUUAAGAUUUACAAUCAAGCGAAUUAGUGAUAAUUUAAUUGCUAAUAAUGAUUCAGAAGUGGCACAUCAUGAAAAAAUAGCUGCUGCUCAUCUAUCACCAUUAGUUGAUAUAAAUAGUUCAACAAGUGUACUCUAUGGUCUUCCACAACGUAUUGUUGCUGCUGAAUCACUUGUUUUUCUUGCUGAACAAUUUGAUUUUCUUCUUCCCUACUUAAAAUUGAUGAUUCCAACUGAUCGUCAUACAUUUUUAACACAAUUUUAUUCUCAAACUAUACAAGUAACACGUGAAUUACGCAUUCCAAUAUAUCAUAAUGUAUCAGCUAAUGUUCUUGAUUAUAUGUCAAUAGCAUUAAUGAUAAGUAAAGUUAAUUGGGAUAUAGGAGAAAUUUUAUCGCAACAUAAUGUUUAUAUUGAUAUACUUGCAAAUGAAUUACAAACAUUUCGAAACCGUUUCGAUCAUAUUAAUGAACAAUUAUUAUCCAUACCCAAAGAUGUUUAUAGAACAAUAUGGGAUCAAAUAUUAGACAAAAUUUUUUAUACGAUGGUUGAAGGGUAUGAUUAUGCAAGUACUAAACAAUGUAGUAAUGAAGGUCGAGCAUUAAUGCAACUCGAUUUUCAACAAUUACUUCGACGAUUAGAACGUAUUAUCGAAGAUCUUAAACCUUUACCACAUAAAGAAUUUGUUGAAAAUUAUAUAAAAGCUUAUUAUUUACCUGAACAAUCAAUUGACCAAUGGAUUCGAGAUAAUACAAUGUAUACAAUAAAACAACGCAAGGCAUUAGUAACAAUGAUGUCACAUUUAAGUAAAAAGAAACGUGCACAAUUAGCGCAAUAUCUUGAUGAACAAGAUCGAUCUCGUACUCCAGUAUUAACAUCCUAA